AUGUCAUUUUUGUGUUCAAUUAGUGGAGUCCCCCCCGAGGAGCCAUGUCUGAGUAAAACAGGCUAUGUGUUUGAAAGAAGGUUGAUAGAAAAACACUUGGAAGAGUCGCAAGUUUGUCCAGCAACCGGCGAACCCCUCACAUUACAGGAUUUAAUACCAAUAAAAGGCUCCUCAAUUGUGAAGCCCCGACACAACACAGCAAACAGCAUACCUGGGCUUCUCUCUCUGCUCCAGUCAGAAUGGGACGCUCUGGCGCUGGAAACACACGGACUGCGAGCCCACGUCGAUGAAGUGAGGAAGCAGUUGAGUUUCUCGCUGUACCAGCACGACGCGGCCACGCGAGUAAUCGCCAGGUUAAUUAAGCAGAGAGACAGAGCCCUGAGCGAGGUCGAGUCGCUAAAGGAGCAGCUGGUUCAGUUCAGAGCCAGUUACGAUGUCAACGCGCUGGAAAUAGGCCUCGACGAGCCGGCUCUGGAACGUAUACAGCAGCUGGCGAAACUGCUCCUAGCAGAUCGUAAAAAACGUGAUUUAUCGAACUACUCAAAUCCUGAGAAGUUGGGAGGCUUUAAGUGCCGUGGAGAGUACCGAGUCCACUCCUCCACAGUUCCCGGCGUGUCGUGUGUGACUCUGGACAGGAGUCUCCAGUCUGAGGGCCUGGAGGAUAGCUUUUGCUUUUCAGGCGGAAACGAUGGCUCAAUUGUCUACUUUGAUGUGGCUAAUCAAAAAACGGCAUCAGUCAUUAACGGGCACGUGAAGCGAGUCAACGCGCUGCUGUCCCAUAAUGCGGAUCGUAUACUGCUCUCAGGUGCCGAUGACAAACUCAUUAAGGUUUGGAAGGAGUUUGACAACGAGUUUAAGUGCGUGUCAGUGUUUAAGCACCACAAGGCGCCAGUUAAGCGGCUGUCGCUGCACCCGAGCGGAGAGUACUUUCUGUCACUCUGCUCGGACGGAGUCUGGUCGUUGAACGAGUUGGACUCGUGCAAAAUCGUUAAAAUGUUUAAAGACGUUCCGAAAUGCAGCGCACUAAAGUUUCACCCAGACGGACUGAUAGCACUCGGCUGCUCGUCAGGAAGUCUGCACAUAUGGGACCUGAGGGAGUCGAGUCUCAAGGACCCCCUGACGGAAGAGGGUGCCAAAGUCAACGGCACGACCAACGGGGCCGGAGAAAGCAACUGGGUUGACCUGGACGUGAGUGAAAACGGCUACUACCUGGCAAGCGCGACCGACGGCGGAGUGGUCUCACUGUGGGACCUGAGGAAGCAGAAGGUGGUGGCGACUGCAGACUGUAACGUCAAUGUGACCCGAGUCAAGUUCGACCAUUCAGGAAACUACCUGGGCGUUGCGAGCACGAAGGUUGAAUUGCUGGAAGUAAAUCGAGCAAAUUUGUCAUCUUUGGGUGUCUUGGAAGGACACAGCGGGCCCGUAACCGAUUUGGAAUUUGGACCACUCUCAAGGUUUAUUUUAACGACUUCCAUGGAUAAAUCGUUGAGACUCUUUUACUAA